GAGGGCAUCGCUGGCGGCCGCUUCCCGCGGCUCAGCAGGUCCGCGCUCUCCCCCGCUGCUCGGCCUCCUCGAUGCGCGGAGGCAGGAGGCGGCGGCGGCGGCCACGACGCGGGUUUCGUUCGCUGCCUGAGCGCUCCGGGCGGCGAAGAGCCGAGCCAGCAAGCCAGCCAUCGGCCGGCUGCCUCUAAUCUGCCUCCCCGCUGGCCGGCUCCUGCGCUCUCUGCCCGACCGCGCUGCCCUCUCGCCUUUCUCCCCCGCCUCUCCCGGCCAACGGUGCUCGCCAGCAAACUGUCUUCAUGAGCCCCGAGGAUGUCCGGAAAGCAUUAUAAAGGCCCCGAAGUGAGCUGCUGCAUCAAGUAUUUCAUCUUCGGCUUCAACGUCAUCUUCUGGUUCCUGGGCAUAGCAUUUCUUGGAAUUGGACUUUGGGCAUGGAAUGAAAAAGGAGUGCUGUCCAACAUCUCUUCCAUUACUGACCUGGGUGGAUUUGAUCCAGUUUGGCUCUUCCUUGUGGUUGGAGGAGUGAUGUUCAUACUGGGCUUUGCAGGAUGCAUCGGUGCUCUGCGGGAGAAUACUUUUCUUCUCAAGUUUUUCUCAGUCUUCCUUGGAAUAAUCUUCUUCCUGGAACUCACAGCGGGUGUUCUGGCAUUUGUUUUCAAAGACUGGAUCAAAGACCAGCUGUAUUUCUUUAUCAACAACAAUAUCCGAGCAUACAGAGAUGACAUUGAUUUGCAAAAUCUCAUAGACUUUACCCAAGAAUAUUGGCAGUGCUGUGGGGCCUUUGGGGCUGAUGAUUGGAACCUCAACAUUUACUUCAACUGCACAGAUUCCAAUGCUAGUCGAGAACGAUGUGGAGUACCUUUCUCUUGCUGCACUAAAGAUCCUGCUGAAGAUGUCAUUAAUACUCAGUGUGGUUAUGAUGCCCGACAAAAACCAGAAGUUGAUCAACAGAUUGUUAUUUACACAAAAGGUUGCGUCCCACAGUUUGAAAAAUGGCUGCAGGAUAACUUAACCAUAGUGGCCGGCAUAUUCAUUGGAAUUGCAUUAUUACAGAUAUUUGGCAUAUGCUUGGCUCAAAAUUUGGUUAGUGAUAUUGAAGCUGUCCGAGCCAGCUGGUAAAACUCUUCAAUGUAAGCCACACAAGACCUUGUGGGUUACCACAGUUCUCAGAAGGCUCCAUGUGGUCCACAUGGACUCAAAGCUAUGUGAAAAUGAGGAACAGAGAAGUUUUAAGUUCUCAGCUGAUUAGAACAGCAUUUUAUCUUUGUUGAUUUCAGAAUGAGCAGCUCCAGCCACUUAGUUGUGAUGAAUGCUAUUAAAACAGCCAGUCGAAAAUGUACUGAGCCAUGAAUCUCUACUGUAUCCUUGACUGAGUAAACUGGAGGAUAUUUCUUCCGUGUCUUGUGUGUUGUGUGUGUGUGGCAAGUGGUCUGUGUCAAUGGAACCUCAGUAGAUGCAUCCUUAUGUUUUCUGUGUUGCAGCAGACCCUCAAUGAGGCAAUUUCCUUUUGCCAUUAAAGAAGUGACCAAGAGACCUAAUGUUUCUUUGGGAAGAAAUCCCAGAAAGAGGCAACUAUUUAUCUACUUCUCAUAUGCUUUGUUUUCUGGCAAAAAAAAAAAUCAUCACUCUUCCACAGGAAAUUCAGUAUCAGUUCUAUUACGUCCUCUGUCAAAUAACAACAGCUUUAAUUAUUUUCCAACCUCUGGCAAUCUUUAUUUCAUUGGACACUUGGAACUGUGGAAUCAGCAAACUUCAGGAAAGACCUAAAAUAGAGAUAAUUCUCCAUCUGCAUUAGUCGCUAGCAAUAUGUAAAUGAAGAAGAGAUGAAGGUAUUCAUGCUGGGUGGUUUGAUGAUGAGAUUGAGAAAUGCGAUGAACUUAGAAGCAGAAACACAAGCACAGUGUAUUCAGUUUCAUGGAUAAAAUGAAUUUUAAAGAAACAUCUGUUUGGAAGUUUCUGAUGUCUUCAUGUAGAAGAGCAAAUGCUUUUUGUCACAUUAUAACCCUUUCUAAGUAUAUCUUCUUAUGCCCUCUUCAUCGAUUUGGUGUACACUUUUUAAAAUUGCUACUCCUUUUUGAUUCGCUCAGUUUGAGUGGGCUUCCAAUUCAAACAAAUGUGAAUGAAAUGCUGACCAAUUUUCAUUCCUUGGUUUGUGUUUUGUGCUGGCUUCAUUACCACUUAGUUGCCACUGCGUUUCCUUUGUGUCUAGUUAAAGUAGAAACCUUAAUGAAAUAUGUAUCUCAUUUUUCAAGCAGGAGCAACAUUUGUACAGCAAUACUGUGCGUGCUUGUGUAUUUCAUUUUGAGUCACUUUCAGUAAAUGUAUGAUCAUCUAGGUUUUUUGUCUGGGGUGUUCAACCUUGGCAAUGUCACAAGUUGUGGACUUCAACUCCCAGAGUUCCUAGCUACCACUGACUGGAAUUCUGAGAGUUGAAGUCCACAAGGUUUAUAAUUGCCCAUGUUGGACACCCCUGUUUUAGGUUUUGUGUACAUUAAGUACCAGCAGGAAAAAAAAAUUAUGAUGCCUCUGUGAAAAACAAACAGAAUUUGGCUAUCAAGGAUAUGAAUUUGGGCUUAGUCCCACUCUUUUUUCAGGGUUGGCAGGAGAGAUGACAAUCCUUUCAAAUUCGGCAGUGACUGAAAAUUAUUGUUAAGUGAAGUAGAACAUGGAAAGGAUAAAUAUUUGGGUUCUACUCGUGUGCAAUAGCUAUUUUAGAAACACUAACUUCCCCAACCUGGUGUCACCAGAAGUAUUAGGGAUACAACUCCCAAGAAUUCAUAGCUAGCAUUGAUAGGCACCAAGUGGGGGAAUGUUGCCCUAAUUUGAAAAGGAAAACAAGUAAAUACAUGAAUGUCUUAUUCAACUCUCUUGAGUUUUGUACACAGAGCUAAACGUUCUAACUGCACCUGGUAUUACUUCACAUAACCUUUUGUCUAGGUAACUGAGUUCUGAUCAGGCUCCUUAAAUGGGUAACUGGGGUACAUUUAACCAUGCAGAGCUCUGCAAGUUAUAUUUGUGUCAGUCUCAUUCAGUGAAUAAAUUCUCUUAGUUUUUUAUUAGUGAAUUGCUUAAGUGAAAGAAACCAGCAAUGCGGAAUAAAACAUACAGUGGAUGAAAAUUUAAUGAAUUCUUAUGAAUCUCUAGUACUUGAAUAGCUUAGUUGUAGUACAUUCCAGAAACCAAACGUGAAAGAUGCUGAUGUAAGAUGUACUGAAUAAACAUUCCUUCUUUUUUGCUGCUCUUGUACAUUUCUGGAAAAUUUCCAUGUUUCUGUUUAGGUAUAAUAACGCUAUAGAUGUUUAACUUGUUUUCAGUUUUCUUUUCCUAUUACUUUUUUUCUUCCAUUACCAAGCUGUUUUAUAACUGACAGAUGGUAGACCAUAGUGCUAAAGCUUCUUAUUAAUUAAACAAAGUUAUGUGGUUAGGCAUAUCAUUCUAUCUUUUGGUAAAAGAUAUUGAAAUAUCUUACUGAUUGUACAGCAUUAAGAGGUUGUCUUCUUGGUCCCAGUGGUGAAUAAGCUUAAUAACAUUUUUAUAUAUAGAGAAAAAUGGCAAUCAUUUUGUUUGCAUACAAAACAUGUUUAUUUCUUGGAGUCCUGCAGGAAAUCAGGAACUCUUAUUUUUUUAAAAUAGUUCCCUCCUUAUUUUGUCUUGGUCGUGUCCCUUGGUGCAAAUAGAUAAUGUAAUUUUAAUUAUCGGGUAUGUAGUUGCCUUCUAUUAGCCUGUGCAUGAUUAAAAUUCACAUAUUUCUUCCAGAAUCCCACAUUUGUUUUCAAAACAAGGGUGAGCUUGAAAGAGCUUUCAAAUAACUUUCUCAUAGCAAAUGCUCAUUCCCAAAGGUAACGCAAAAAAUUGUGGACAUAGAAACAAAUUAUUAUGAUCUUACCAAAAAUGUCCAGAGCUGGAAAUGACCCCGUUUCAAGCAUGAAACAUCCUGUCUAAGCAAAUUUCUUUUAGCUUAAAAUAUUUUGAAUUAGAAAUGUUUUACACACUUCUAAUACCCACAGUUAAACAUUAAUCUCUGAGAUGUUCCAUCUGGCAAAUAGAAUUUAAUGAAUAAUAGGCCCUAACUAAUGUAAAGCUACAGUCUUUGUAUCAUGGAAAUUUUACAACUGUAAGGUGAAGUUUCUUGAAGUAAUAAAAUAGAUGCCAAUUAUAUGUCUACAGAGAGUACUGAAAUAGUAUAGGUAGUCCUCAAGAUAUGACAUUAAGAAAGCCUGCCCAUUACAAUUGCAUGUCUCGAUGGUCGUUAGGUGAAACACCUCAUCUAAUAAACCCCCACCCCUGCUCUCCCUAAUGAAUUAUUAAAUGAACGUGUGAGUCGUUAAGUGGAGUGUGGGGUGCCUCCUGGAUUUGGAGGCCUAGCACAGGCCUAGGCUCACCUGUUGUGGCCCUCACAAGGCCUCACCCCCAAGAUGCCCCACUUCCCGUGCCUUGGAUCCCAACAGGUCUUUUCUCAUUCCCACUGAGUCUUCCCAGGCCGAAGGCCUUAUCUACCCUGCCCCCUCCCCCCCAAAAAAACCCCAGAUCAAAUAUCUUUCUCCUCACUUACCUUUUGAAGAACUACGAGGCCUUCCAGAGUAGAGAUCUCCAAUCUUGGC